UUCUCUCCGCAUCUGCGACAGCCCCGUCACGGCGCGACACCUUACGAGUGAAACUGGACGAGUGAAGCCAUCGCCAUCCUUCCGGCCCCGUGGCCAUGGCGGAAAACGAGAAGACGGUCCCCAUGGGCGGGGACGUCCCAGGGCCCAUUCGCCGCUCUCAGUCCGUCCGGACUACUCACUCUCAGGUUACCAACGACGUAGCCUCUGAUUACAACGAGUCCUUUUCCUACGAUGAAGACGAUCUUGGCGACUAUCACAUUACCGAGCAAGAUCUCCACGUCACCGAAGAUGACCUUCUCGAGGCCCGCGAGCUCGCCUCCAAGUACACCCUCGAAGAUGUCCGCGAUAUCAUGGCACGCGUCUACCGCAUCCACGAAAAGGACCCCAACUUCCCCCUGUCCGUUAUCCAAAAGAUCCAGGCCUUCCUCGAACACGAAGACCUCUUCACCAACCCCGAGAAAUACGAAAACAUAAUCCAAGAGAUGAAGCUCGAGGCUGCCCUCAUCACAAACAACAGCCCCUACGCCGAGGUCCGCGCCGUCGUGGACAACAAGGACGACACUAGCAUCCCCAGCUCCACCAUUCGCAGCUGGGCUAUCGGUCUUGCCUUUUCCAUUCUGCUCGCCUUUACCAAUCAACUCUUCGACAUUCGUCAACCCGCCAUCCGCAUCAUGGCCAAUGUUGCUCAGUUACUGGCAUACCCCAUCGGCAGAGGCUGCGAGCGCUGGCUACCCGAUGUAGGCUUCACGCUCCUGGGCGUGCGCCAUUCUCUCAACCCCGGUCCCUUCUCCAAGAAGGAGCAUAUGCUCAUCACCAUCAUGGCCAACGUCGCGUACAACACCCCCUACACAAACUACAUCAUCUGGGUCCAAUACCUUCCCCAGUACUUCGACCAGCCCUACGCCUCCCACUUCGCCUACCAGAUCCUCAUUGCCCUCAGCACAAACUUCAUCGGCUACGGCAUGGCUGGCAUCUGUCGCCGCUUCCUGGUCUACCCCUCGUACUGUGUAUGGCCCGCCUCUCUCGUCACCAUCGCCCUCAACUCGGCCUUCCACAACGACGUCAAUACGCCCGUCGAAGGCCCCUUUGGCAAGGUGUGGCGCAUCUCUCGCCUCAAAUUCUUCUACGUCAUGUUUGGAGCCAUGUUCAUCUGGUUCUGGUUCCCCAACUUCAUCUGGACCUCGCUUUCCAACUUUAACUGGAUCACCUGGAUCGCCCCCAACAACCGCGAUCUGAAUACCAUCACUGGCUCUAACAAUGGUCUCGGCGUUAACCCGUUCCCCACCUUUGACUGGAACAUUUUGCUUUGGGACUCGGCGGACCCCCUCAUGGUCCCCUUCUUCAGCACCUUUAACCGGUUUAUUGGCGUUUUCAUUUCCUUCUGGGUUGUUCUCGGAUUCUGGUAUGGAAACCUGUACGACACUGGCUACCUCCCCAUCAACACCAACCGUGUCUACGACCACUUUGGCCACCUCUACAACGUUUCCCGCGCCGUCAACGACCGUGGCCUGUUCGACCAGGACAAGUAUGCCGCAUACUCACCGCCGUUCCUGGGCGCUGGCAACGUUGUCAUCUACAUGUUCUUCUUUGCCAUCUACAGCUCGACCCUUACCUACGCAGUGCUGUAUCAUCGCCGCGAGAUUGUUACCGGAUUCAAGGGCAUUAUUAACAGCAUGCGGAAGAAGAAGCCCACCGGCAAUGAGGAUUUGCAUGACCUGGACAUUCACAACCGUCUGAUGAAGUCAUAUCGAGAGGUCCCGGAGUGGUGGUACACAAUCUGCCUGGUCCUCGCCAUCGUGCUUGGAAUCUCGGGCAUCGCUGGCUGGGAGACGCAUACCUCGCCUGGAGUCAUCUUCUAUGGUCUUGGUCUCUGCAUUGUCUUUGUCAUCCCCGUCGGCAUCAUCAAGGCCAUGACUGGAAUCGAAGUCACUCUCAACGUCCUUGCCGAGUUUAUCGGAGGUUCGUGGGUGGAGGGUAAUGCCUUGGCCAUGAACUACUUCAAGUCUUUCGGAUAUGUGACUUGCGCUCACGCCGUCAUGUUCUCCAACGAUCUCAAACUCGCCCACUACGUCAAGAUUCCUCCUCGACACACCUUUUCAGCCCAGAUCGUUGCCACCUUCAUUAGCACCUUCAUCUGCGUCGGAGUUUUGAACUUCCAGAUGACCCGCAUUGAUGAUGUGUGUACCGAAGACGCGCGAUUCAAGAUGACGUGUCCUGGUGUUAAUACCUUCUUCACCGCUUCGGUUCUUUGGGGAACCGUUGGCCCCAAGAAGAUCUGGGGCCACAACGGGCAGUACAGCGAGAUCUUGGUUGGCUUCCCUCUUGGUGUUGCCGUUGUAUUUUUGGUUUGGGGCCUCAACAAGAAGUUCCCCAAGUGGACGUGGACCCGACAGAUUCACCCUGUUGCCAUUAUGUACGGAGGCAUCGUCUGGGCGCCUUAUAACAUGUCAUAUGUUUGGCCCUCUGUGCCCAUUGCCUACUUCUCUUGGAUAUACCUCAAGUCACGCUUCCUUGGCUUAUGGUCUAAGUACAAUUUCGUGCUCUCAGCAGCUUGGUCAUGUGGCAUUGCGAUUGCUGGCAUCAUCAUCUUCUUUUCAUUACAGUACAACGGGGACGAGUUCGAAUGGUGGGGCAACGAGGUGGCCUACCGCGGCUGCGAAGAUAAUGCCUGCACGCUGAAGAGCCUCGGCGAGGGAGAGUACUUUGGCCCUCGGAUUGGAGAGUUUGAAUAAUGGCGGCGAACGCCCGAGUACGGAAAAGAGAUGAUUCUGCAAUGUUAAUGACUGAGCGUGUUUUGCAUUUUGAGGGUUUCGGAAUAUGGAUAACUUAUAUACCCCACGGAUAUAUCGAUGAAAUAGACUCGUCGUUCGCAUGAUAUACAAUAAAAUGUUUGUUCAAUCUCGAGUGGUAUUUG